UUGGGGCCCUGGAGGGGCGACGGGGCCCUGCUCCUCCCCACCACCAGGGGGCGACAGCGGGUUCGAAGAAGAAGAAGAAGAAGAAGAAGAAGCAGCGAAAUGUAUGGGUUGUCAUGUGUCAUGCGGGCUGACUGGUGGUCAGCUGACAAAUCCGGUGUCUCUUAUGUUUACUUUCUUUUUUUCCCCCCUCUCGCGUGAAACCUGCUUUUUGUUUGCGUGUCGAGUUCACUUGAAUGAAUGCAGCGGCAUGCUGCUGCUGCUUCUACUUCUUCUUCUUCUUCGAGGAGAACCAUGGUCGUCGUCAACUCGGUGCUCAAGCUGUUGCAGAGGCAGACGUACACCUGCCUGUCCCACCGGUACGGGCUCUACAUCUGCUUCGGGGGCAUCGUCCUCAUGAUAGUUUCCGCCUUUCAGUUCGGAGAGGUCGUGGUGGAGUGGAGUCGGGACCAGUAUCACGUGCUGUUUGACUCCUACAGAGACAAUGUGGGGGGGAAAUCCUUCCAAAGCAGGCUGUGUCUGCCCAUGCCUAUUGAUGUGGUGUACACAUGGGUGAACGGCACAGACGUGGGUCUGCUGAAGGAACUGAAGACGGUCAAAGAGCAACUGGAGGAGGAACAAAGAGCCCUGAGGGAAAUCCUGGGGAAAAACGCAAGUGAGACGACUGAAGUGCCAAAAGAGAGUGUUAAGCCCGAAUGUCUGCUGUCCCACUGCAUCAUCGCGCCCAUGCUGGCCCUGGACCCGGCUCUGCCAGCCAACGUCACGCUCAAAGAGCUGCCGUCGCUCUCUUCCUCCUUCUCCGCCGCCAAAGAGCUGCUGCUGAUGAACAAAGCCUUCCACCCGUCCACCACCGUCUCGGUGGUGGUCUUCCAUUUGCAGGCCGAGGCUGAUAAAAGCUACACAGAUGUGUCGAGGGACCAGAAAUUCUCCGUGUCCAGAUGUUACCUGACGACGGAUAAAGAGGCUCCGGGUUUGAUCCGCAUGCAGUCGCUGGCCUACCUGAGCGGCUUCCCGGCAUCCUUUAAGGAAACGGAGCAGCUGAGAGUCAAACUGCCCUCCGUCAUAACCAAUAAGAUCAAACAGUUUGAGUUGUACUCCGAGGCCGGCAUCGCCCUGCUCCACCUCAACACCCCGCAGGACUUCACCGACCUGGCGCAGCAGGCCAAAAAGAAUCUGACCCUGGAUGGAAAAGAGUUGACCAUCAGCCCCGCCUACUUGUUCUGGGACCUCACCGCCAUCUCACAGUCCAAACAGGAUGAAGACGUGUCGGCCAGCCGAUUUGAGGACAACGAGGAGCUGCGCUAUUCGCUGCGCUCCGUGGAGAGACACGCCCCCUGGGUGCGACACAUCUUCAUCAUCACUAACGGGCAGAUUCCCUCCUGGCUCAACCUGGAUAACCCCCGAGUUACAGUCGUCCCCCAUCAGGAUAUCUUCCUGAACAGCAGCCACCUUCCCACAUUCAGCUCCCCUUCCAUCGAGACCCACAUCCACCGCAUCCCGGGGCUCUCGCAGAAGUUCAUUUACCUCAACGACGACGUGAUGUUCGGCAAAGACGUCUGGCCGGACGACUUCUACAGCCACUCCAAAGGACAGAAGGUGUAUCUCACCUGGCCGGUCCCCAACUGUGCCGAGGGCUGCCCGGGAUCUUGGAUCAAAGAUGGCUACUGUGACAAAGCCUGCAACAACUCUGCCUGCGACUGGGACGGAGGAGACUGCCUCGGCGCGGCAGGAAACGGUCGCUUCGUGGCCGGGGUCGGCGGUGGCGGUCCCGGCGGAGGUGGCGGACCGGUGUGGCAGUUUGCAGGCGGGUUAGGAGGUCUUGGGGGGAUUUCGUACUGUAAUCAAGGCUGUGCCAACUCCUGGCUGGCGGACAAGUUCUGCGACCAGGCCUGCAAUGUGCUCUCCUGUGGGUUCGAUGUGGGAGACUGUGGCCAAGAGCACUUUGGCGAGCUGCGUCAUGUGACCCUAGUGAGGAAUCAGAGCCUGUACACCCUCCCGGUAGGUGAAACCAGGCCAUAUUUCAGCUUCGACAGACUGGCCCGCCGAAUCUCGGACGCCCACGUCGGUGACAACCCGGCGGUCCGCCACACGUCCGUCGCCAACAAGUGGAAGACCAUUCACCUGCUUCUUCACCCGGGCCACAACGCUACCCAGAUCCAGUACAAUCUCACUUUCCAGAGACACGACGACACCGAGUUCAUAAUGUGCUUCGGCGUGGCCGUCGACACCCGCGAGCCGCCGCAGGCUAACGCGUCCCAGGCCGCGAGCAAAGAUGACGACGACGACGACGACAAAGACCCGAAGCCGACCUCGACUCCAGAGCCUCCGGUCCCGUUCUCGGAUGUUCCCGAGGACCAGCGCGGUCCUAAGAUCCAGAGGAGGCCGCCCGGGGAACCUCUGAUCGUCGUAGAAGUGCCGUCGCUGAAUGUGUCACUUCUACCGGCCGCUGUGCAAAGCGAGCUGCAAAAGCUGGAGGAGAAGCUCCUGAUCAAUGACAUCACUAUGAAGGGUUAUAACCUCACGAAGGCCGAACUGUUGAAACCUUACAUCGAUUCACAACCAGCGAGCGAGGUCCAGGGGAAGCCCCAUAAAGACUUGGAGGGAGAGCAGUUGGAAGGAAAACCACCUGCGGGAAAUAUUAUUCCGACAAAUCUGAACUCCAAAGAGGAAACGUCCAGGAAAGAGGUUACGGUCCCUCGUUUUAUUACCGUCCACACUGAUGACGAGCAUGAGGGUCUAGCACCCAAACAUUAUGAUCUGAACGCUGCGAUAGACAGGCCCUUGACUUCCAAACUGCUAGACAGCAUUUCCAAAUCCAAGAGUGUGCAGAGUCGGGCGGAGCCGGAGGACGCUGCAGGAGGAGCUCCUUUCGGUCGCAGACUUCAACACUUCAUCUCCUCAGACCGAGGCUUCCUGCCGUGGGAGAGGAGGAAGUACUUCCAGAAAGUGCUCGAGGAAGAGGAGCGCCUGCAGAGAGAGUUGUCGUACGAGGCCGACGGCGCCGCCGCUGGUCGGAGGCUGCGGGACACCUUCGCCGACUCGCUGCGCUACGUCAACAAGCUGCUCAACGGCCAGUUCGGCUUCACGUCGCGCAAAGUCCCCGCGCACAUGCCUCACAUGAUCGACCGGCUCAUCAUGCAGGAGCUGCAGGACACAUUCACAGAGGAGUUCGAGAAGACGUCGGGCCAUCGCGUUCGCCACUCCGAGGACAUGCAGUUUGCCUUCUCGUAUUUCUACUUCCUGAUGAGUGCCCAGCAGCACCUCAACGUGUCUGAGGUGUUCGACGAGAUCGACACGGACCACUCGGGCGUCUUGUCCGACCGAGAGAUUCGAACUCUGGCCACGAGGAUCCACGAGCUGCCACUCAGCCUCCAGGACUUGACAGGCCUGGAGCAGAUGUUGAUAAACUGCUCUAAGACGCUCCCGGCUAACCUGACCCAGCUCCACCUGGUGAACCCAACACAGGAGGCCUACUAUGACCCCAGCAUGCCUCCUGUCACAAAAGGCCUCGUCCUCUACUGCAAGCCCAUCACAGAGCGCAUCCAGAAAGCCUUCAGGGACCAGAAUAAGUACAAGUUUGAGAUCAUGGGGGAGGAGGAGAUCGCUUUCAAGAUGGUGCGGACAAAUGUUUCCCACGUGGUCGGCCAGUUGGAUGACAUUAGGAAGAAUCCCAGGAAGUUCGUCUGUCUGAACGAUAACAUCGACCACAGCCACAAGGACGCUGCCACCGUGAAAGCUGUGCUGAGAGACUUCUACGAGUCCAUGUUCCCGCUGCCGUCCCAGUUUGAGCUGCCGAGAGAGUAUCGCAACAGAUUUCUGCACAUGGAAGAGCUCCAGGAGUGGCGCGUAUAUCGGGACAAGCUGAAGUUCUGGACGCACUGUGUCCUCGUAACGCUCGUCGUCUUCACCAUCAUGUCCUUCUUUGCCGAGCAGCUGAUCCUGCUGAAGCGAAAGCUGUUUCCCCGACGCAGAGUAAACCAGGACAGCAACCCUGAGCGGGUGUGAAGAAGGGAAGCUCAAGUCCUCCGUGCUUGUGUUGCAUCGGCAACGUCCGGCGGGCAGACCCGUGUGAGAUGGUGAUGGAGCGUUUUUUUUUUUCCAUAAGAUAAUGGACGGGGCUGGCCCGGGCAAAGGAAUGCCAGCCAGAAAGAAGAAGAUAAGAAAAUAAGAAGGAGCCUGUGAUAAUUAUGUUCCUCCACUGGGGGCAUCUGAGGCUUUUGUACAAGUCCACAAACAAACACUCCCUCCACACUGCACCGCCCUCCUCGUGUCCUGCUCUCGCCAUGUUUUUGAUUGAUGUGCUGCUAAAGUGUGAAACAUUUGACGGCAGCUGGUCAGGACCUAUUGUGUGUGUGUGUGUGUGUGUGUGUGUGUGGCGAGCAAGUUUGACCAUAAAAUCCACAAACUGCAGAUUAAUGGAACCUGCAACUAUUUUGAUAAUCGAUCAAUCGUCCGAGUCACUUUUCAAAGCUUUUUUUUUCUUUUUUUUCUAGUUGAUUUAUCUUUGGGUUUUGGACUGCUGGUGAAACAAAACCCUUUUUAAAGAUGUCACCUUUGGGUGCUGGGAAAUUGUGAUCGGCUUUUUGACGUCAACAGUGGAGAGGGAGCGACGUGGGGAGCGACGUGCAGCAAACGGUCGCCAAUGGAACCAGGGAAUCGGUGCUCAGGCCUCGGGUAUCUGGUUGGAAUUUAUAUUUAUGAGUAUUAUUAUUAUUAUUUUUGGAUUAAUUGGUCAGUGGAUAUAAAAAAUAAUCUACACCUGCAGCCGUGCUUGUGUUUGGCUUUUUUAAUUUUAAGGAAAGGAUGAAAUCAAAUAUAACUGUCGGUGGUCGUCUGUCGUUUGAAAACAUGGAAACUUGAAGUGCCUUCAUUGUUCACUCCUGCUUGUUUGACUCCUGUUGGUUUUUUAAACAUGUAUUCUUCUAAAUGUUGGACACGUCACCAUAUCUAGGGAUUCACGAUGAAUGAAUGGUUUAUAGGAUAAUGCGGUACUUGAUGGAGCUCCAUGUAAUACUACAGCUUUCUCGUGUGUGUGUGUGUGUGUGUGUGAGUGUGAGCUACUGUCUGAAAUUCAGACUCCCUCAGCAUGAUCUGUAACUUAUUUCGAUUGUAUUAUUGUGACGGUGAGCCCGACGACUGUCAGUUUUACAAAGUUCUUUAAUAUAAUGACAAAAAAGGAGAGGAAGUGGAUGUUUUCAGCAUUUUAACGCUGCCGUAAAAAGUCUUGAUGUACUUUGCGAUUGUGUUGCAGAUGUAGAAACUGGAUUGCAUCGGUUCAACGGCUCUUCUGACUAAAAUAAAAAUGUGGCUUGGUUCGGUCA